UGCUGUAGAACUGGUUCAUGCGUCUUUCUCACUGGUGUUUACGAGUGGAAGGAAACCAACUGAUGUCCAGAUACGUCACUCGUGCAUAAAGCCCUGGCACCAUCGCCAGAACGCACCAGGAGCGACAGAGGAAACAUCUCCCGAAACCUUAUGUGAGCAUCAACUUUUUAUUGGACUCCAUCAUUUUGUAGAAACUCAUUUCUUUGCUUUCGGGGAAUCAGAGGAGGAGGAGGAGGAAGAGGAGGAGGAGGGUUAUGAUCCAAUGUGACUUUGAAGUGAAGAAUGAACCCUGAGAGAAAAGAGGAGCGUUGAUCAGAAUCAGGACAAGGAACAGACUCUGCUCAGAUUCUCUUCUCAGACACUGACAGGAUGUUUUGUUUGUGAUUCUGCUCUGUAACUGUCUGCAGGUUGUUUUUAAAUGGUCUCAGAAAGUGAAGCAUCAGUGGAAAAUAAUGAUCCUGAUAUUCUGUAACCAGACCUGCUCUCACCUCCUCAGUGACCUGCGUGUGUUCCCUGGACCUCUGAUUGGAAACUGUGGCUCUAAGUCCUGUGAAUCUGAGCUGUGGUGUUUGCUGGUCAGAGGCUGAGCUCUUGUCAUGUUGGAUAAACUUCAUCAAUCUUUGUGAGAAGAUGAGGGACAACAGACACACAAGUGAUUCUCUGAAAACCUGACUGAUUCUUUUUUCUGCUGCCUCAGAACAGAUUCUUAGUUUUACCCGUUUCCAUGUAAUAGUCUCUUCAAACAUGGAGAAUGUGUCCAACCCUGACGGUUCAAUGCCGGUCUGCAACAACUCUGUGGACUUCUACUCUCUCAUGUCAGGAAACCGCUCGGACCUGAACUGCACUCCUCCCUCUGAGUUCUAUCUCUACGCUGACCUUUACAUCAUCAUCCCCAUCAUCUACUCAGUAAUCUGUGCCGUGGGACUGACGGGCAACACGGCCGUUAUCUACGUGAUCCUCAAAGCUCCCAGGAUGAAAACUGUCACCAACAUGUUCAUCCUGAAUUUGGCCAUUGCAGACGACUUGUUCACUUUGGUUCUGCCGAUCAACAUCGCAGAGCACUUGUUGCACUACUGGCCUUUCGGGGAGGUUUUGUGCAAAGUCAUCCUCAGCAUCGAUCAUUACAACAUCUUCUCCAGUAUCUAUUUUCUGACAGUUAUGAGCAUCGACCGUUUCCUGGUCGUCUUGGCGACAGUCAGGUCAAAGCGCAUGCCUUACCGCACCUAUCGAGCAGCCAAAAUCAUCUCAUUAUGCGUCUGGAUCCUCGUCAUCCUCGUCGUUAUGCCUUUCACUGUUUUCGCCGGCGUCUAUGUAAACCCAAACGACGAGAGAAAGAGCUGCGUUCUGAGCUUCCCCAGCCCCGAGAGGCUGUGGUUCAAGGCCAGCCGGAUCUACACACUCAUCCUGGGCUUUGCCAUCCCAGUUUCUACCAUCUGCAUCUUAUACACCAUGAUGCUCUACAAGCUGAGGAACAUGCGGCUCAACAGCAAUGCCAAGGCACUGGACAAGGCCAAGAAGAAAGUCACCAUCAUGGUGUUCAUAGUUUUGGCCGUCUGCUUGUUCUGCUGGACCCCGUUUCACCUCAGCACCAUCGUGGCUCUGACGACGGACCUGAUGACCACGCCCCUGCUGAUCGGGAUCUCUUACUUCAUCACCAGCCUGAGCUACGCCAACUCCUGCCUCAACCCGUUCCUCUAUGCCUUCCUGGACGACAGCUUCAGGAAAGCCUUCAAGAAGAUGUUGGAAUGUAGACCGGCCUGAAUGUUUGAUGGUGCGACUCGUGAAACCUGCUGCGGACGUCGUCAGAGACGAACUGAGCUGGUGCAGACUGACAGGAAAGACUGAAGCUCAACUGUGAUGCAGCUGUCACUGUUAAAUUUGCUUAAGCUGCACUGGGCACGUUGUUUGCACAUGAUGGCAGCAGCUAGCUAAAAUAAAUCUUAAACACAGAAAAACUAAAUAUGAUGCACAUGACAUUCUACUUGUGAGAUAAAUGCUUUUAUUCCACAGGAAACCAAAGGGAUCAGAUAGAAAAACAUUGUUGAGUCCAGUUAAAUCUAAAUUGAAGUCAGUCUGACCCAGCGGAAGCUAACUGAAAAUCAUUGUAUGAGGCAGGAUGGUUUUCUAAUGUCACAUCUGGAAUAAGUUGAAUUUGAAAGAAAAAGUGCAGCUUUUUGUGGCCCUGAGAUAAACGGACGUAUUGUCAGUUGAGAGAAGUGCGACAGGGAAGGAGAGCGAGCGACAAACAGUGAUGACAUUUAAAAACAGAAGGCCUGUAUUCAUUGUGUCCCAGGAACUGGUUGUUCAAUCUGAUUGUUUUACAGGUUAAAGCCAAAUUUAAAAAUGUCAGACCUUUUCAUGAAGGUUAAAAAAAAAAAAACAAUUACGAGGCAGUGAGGCGAGGAGGGUCGUGACCUUCACUGGACUCAGAACCCAGAGGAACAUCUGUGAGGGCCCAACAUCUGCUGGCAGAGGCCAACACUGACUUGCAUGCUGUCAAUCAAAUCCACGUCAGGAGAAACGUCGGGUUGGAGUGUGACACGUCGAGAGAAAUCAUCUAUGAAAACAAAUUUCCGUUAAAAGAAAAGUUUGAAUGUGAUGCAUCUUGUUGAAAUCAAAUCUCAAGACAAAAAAUAUGAAAAUGUAACAUAGAAAAAGUUUGUAAAUGAGGACUUUAUUGAAUAAUGUUCUGGAACACGUUUUAUCCAGAACCCUGACCACAGUCCUGCAGUCUGACGUAAGACAGACAUGGGACAGGAUGCGACAGUGUAAAGUCUUUAUCAUUUUUGUCAGCUGGCUUUUGUCGCCCCCUGUUGAUGACAUGCCAUCAUUACCUGAAAAUGCAGCCAGUUUCCUGACUGUGAUCUGUACGUUUGAAUAAUCUUUUUAUUUCCUAUUCAUUCUCAAGAAUAUCAACAAUCCAUUGAGAUUCACAAUCAUAACAAUCAAAGACACACG